CGGGGUUAACUCGGGCAGGGGGGUCAAUAUAAAUAAGUGUCGGGGAUCGGCUCUCGCCUUUGAGCAAGAGGCGUGUUCUUGACUGAAGCCGUCAUCAAAAUGCUUCUCUCCGGUCCCAUUACUGUUUCACUCGCCACGCUGGCGAGCGCUCACCCCGGCGCCACCGUCAAACGCCAAGUCUCACAACUCCGUGACAGCUACGACUUUGUCAUUGUUGGGGGCGGUACAAGUGGCCUGACUGUGGCUGACCGUCUUACGGAAGCGUUUCCCAACAAAACGGUUCUUGUCGUCGAGUAUGGUGAUAUCGAAUACGGACCCGGGAACUUUGACCCACCACCAGCCGUCCCCGCAAGCCGGUGGACAGUCACAUCGCUGCCAAACCCCGAGGUGAACAACAGGACGGCCGGCGUCGCCGCCGGCCAGGUGGUUGGCGGGAGCAGCGUUAUUAACGGUCAGUUCCUCGACCGUGGGUCACGUUUCGAUUACGACUCGUGGCAAGAGCUCAAUGGCCAGGGAUCUGGAUCAACCGAUAUCAACUGGAACUGGGAGAACCUAUUCCCGUAUUUCAAAAAGAGCGUCACACUCACAGAGCCAUCUGCCGAGCUGGCCGAAGAAUAUGGCUACACCUGGGAUGUUUCAUCCUACGGGGACUCUACGCCUGUCUAUGCCACCUAUCCCCCCUUCCAGUGGGCUGACCAGCACAUUAUGUGGAAUGCGUACAAAGAGCUGGGAGUCCAAGAGCCCAAAGAAUGUGCGAACGGCGACAAGGAAGGCAUCUGCUGGGUCCCUACCACCCAACAUCCCGUGACUGCGCUUCGCUCCCAUUCCGGACUCGGGCACUACGCUGCUGUUAUCGACACCAGGUCUAACUACGACCUUCUCGUGAAGCACCAGGGCGUGAGGGUUGUCUAUCCUCACAAGCCAGGAGAAGAUUCCGGCGCGCCGAUCGUAGAGGUCCGAUCGCUGGUUGAUGACGUCCUGUUCAAUGUGACAGCCAAUGCGGAGGUGAUCAUCUCAGCCGGUGCUUUUCACACACCCACUGUCCUGAUGAGAAGCGGCAUCGGCCCGGCAUCUGUACUUGAGUCGGCCGGUAUCCCGCUUGUGCUCGAUCUUCCCGGUGUUGGUUCCAACUUCCAGGAUCAUACCGGGCCGCCUGUGUCAUGGAACCUAACCAAACCCGGCGACUUCCACCCCGUCCGCAGCGCCAUGCAAGAUCCCGCCUUCGCCGCCGACGCAGCGGCAGGCUUCAACGAGACCCCCUCACGCGGGCCAUACACGCUCGCCCUGGGCAACAGCGCCGUCUACGUAUCCCUCCCACACCUCGCCCCGGACAACCACGAAACCAUCAUCGCCAACAUCCGCGCCAUCGCCGCCAACGACACCCUCGCGGCAUCCUACCUCCCCCCGGACCACCGCACCUCGGCGCCCAUGAUCGCAGGCUACCAGGCCCAACUAUCCGCCCUCGCCGACCUGUUCGCCAACCCCCAGUCCCCCAGCCUCGAAUCCCCGUUCGCCGCAGGCGCCUCCGCCGUCGCCUUCCAGCUCCACCCGCUCAGCCGCGGCACGGUGCGUCUGGACCCGGCCGACCACCUCGCCCAGCCCAUCCUGGACGCGCGCAUCGCCACCAACCCGGUCGACUUGGACCUGCACCUCGCACACGUGCGCUUCCUGCGCCGCGCCGGCGCCACCGAGGCCCUGCAGCGCUACGGCGCCGUCGAGCUGCGUCCCGGCCCCGGGGUCGGUGAUGCUGAUGACGAGGCGCUGCGCGCCUUUGUGCGCCAGAGCGCGACCCUGUCGUUCAUGCACCCGUGCUGCACGGCGGCGAUGAUGCCCGAGGAGAAAGGGGGGGUGGUGGGGCCGGAUUUGAAGGUGCAUGGUGCGGGCGGCAGGUUGAGGGUGGUGGAUAUGAGCGUCAUGCCGCUGGUGCCGGGGUCGCAUCUUAUGGCGACGGCGUAUGCGGUGGGGGAGAGGGCGGCGGAUUUGAUUAUUGCGGAGUGGAGUGAGUAG